CUCUGAUUGGUCAAUAUCAAUGUCAAUCAGUAGUGCCCGCUUAGGGUGUUUAAAUUCCAUUGGACGAAUCCGUCCAGCGGCACACGCCCUUUCCUGUUCUGUUAUUGGUUAAAGGGGUUGACUAGAAGCACAAUUAUUGGUUGUUUUAGUCACGUGGGUUUCCAUCCCUGUAUCUCUAUUGGUUUGUUAACCGCACAGGCGCGAUUUUGCAACGCGGGACAAAGCUUCUGUGGGCUCACACAGGUUAGUUCAAAUGAACCGCUGUGGAUGGAAGUAAACUUUACGCCCUCAUUUAUCCAACUUAUGCGGAUACUUUGAAGAAAAGGACGGAUUUUUUUGUGCUCCUCUCUGGAAAUGAAGGACAUAUUCACCCCGGACUGAAAAACCGCGCUAUAACAUAGUACUACGUAUCAAACAACAGUAAUUGUAACAAUUUUAGUUUACCUCUGCGGAGAAUCGCGCUUCUUCCUUCAUAAUUAUUUAUUUAUAAUGGCGGAGAACAAGCACCCGCAUGUGAUCUUCUGCAACGAUUCACCAAAAAGAGUUCUGGUUUCUGUUAUCAAGACGACCCCGAUCAAACCUAGAAAAGCAGAGGCCCUGACGCCGACCAGUCCCGGGUUCAGCGACUUCAUGGUGUACCCGUGGAAAUGGGGAGAGAACGCCCACAAUGUGACCCUGAGUCCGGGCUCAGGGAGCGGGGCUGCGUCUCCUACCGGGACUCAGACAGCUAUGGAGGCGGACACGGCCCCGUCGCCUGACCAGAUCAAGGAUGGUAUUCGCAGAGGCCGGCCAAGAGCUGACACAGUUCGGGAGUUAAUAAACGAGGGAGAAACGUCCUCCAGCCGGAUCCGAUGUAACAUCUGCAACCGGGUGUUCCCCAGGGAAAAGUCGCUGCAGGCCCACAAGAGGACCCACACAGGAGAGAGGCCAUAUCUGUGUGACUACCCUAACUGUGGGAAGGCAUUUGUGCAGAGUGGACAGCUGAAGACCCACCAGCGGCUCCACACCGGGGAAAAACCCUUCGUCUGCUCAGAGAAAGGAUGCGGCAGUCGGUUCACACACGCCAACCGUCACUGCCCCAAGCAUCCCUUCUCUCGUCUGAACCGGGAGGAACCGAAGACGGGUCUAGGAAAGGCCCAGUCUGUGGAUAACAAGGCUGUGGCCGAGUGGCUGGCAAAGUACUGGCAGACCCGCGAACAGCGCACCCCUCCAACCACCAAGGAGAAGCCACCGGGGAAGGGCAACGCCGAGGACCAGGAACAGCAGGAUCCCAUGGAGUUCCUCCAAUCUGAUGAAGAAGAGGAGGUCAUAGAGGAGGACAAAGGCACCCAGGGAGGAGCGGCCAAGCGACGCCUUCAGGAGCAGCGGGAGCGUCUCCAUGGAGCUUUGGCCCUCAUUGAGCUGGCCAACAACCUGUCUGCCUAAAGGACCUCGUCCUUCAGUUCUCCAUCUCUAAUCUGCCUUCCUGCAGUGGCUAAAAGUUCUUCAUAAACGCAGAUCGACGACUAGUUUUUACUCUUAAGUUGUGAAACCAGACUUUGAGAAAGAAGCUGAAUUGGCCCGAGAUCAGUGUUAUGCACAGAAUCGUCUCCUCCCCUUUACACGACACCAGGAAAGGCACAAGCUAAAGCACCUUAUUCAGCUUCCAUUUUAUCCUUUUCAGCUGCUAUAAUUGUAGGUUUGACAAUAUGAAGAAUGUCUCGUUCUCCUCUGCCUUCUAAAGGCAAAGAAAGAUGGCCUAUUUUUAAUUGAUUUGUUUGCACUUUGGUAACGAGUUUUGGUUUUUCAUUUUUUAAGUACAUUGUGAGAAUAAGUGUGUUUAACUGAUGUAUAUAUGGAUUAAGCUCAGAUGAACAGAAUGAUACAGGGUGUGGUCAGAGAAAGAAAAUGUGUUGCUUUCCAGGUUUCAUCUCCGGCGCUUUACGGACAGUUUUCCCGCUGCUGGCGAAAGCAGCGGUCAUGGAAAGAAACUGAAAACGUGUGAAACAGUUCUAACCUCACUGUUACUACUCUGUUUAAAAAGUGGGCAAGCAGUGAUGGAGUCCGUCAUCAUGUGGGUCAUUUUUAUACGCAAAUAAGAGAUCAUUGCAAGCCUAAUCCAGAUAUCUGAUCAUGCAGACCAAAGCACUCUGGUCGGAUUUUCCUGUUUAGAGAUUCUUGUUUUGUGGUCAAAUUUCUACUUUUAGAACAUAACCUUUAAUAUAAAACAUGCGUAAAAGAUUUAUUUUUGCCUAAAAACAGAAACAUUUCCAUACUUUUUGCUUCCAUAUCAUCGAAUCUUUCAGAUCAUUCUAUACAAAAUACUCAACUUUUUAAAAUAUCAAACUUGUUUAAUUUCCACAAAGAAAAUAAUCCAAAUGAAGCACUUACACAAACUAAAUUCUUGGAUUAAGCUUGCAAUGCAGUUUUUGUCUGUUAUAUAAACCGUAGUGCUGGGUGGUUUUUAAUUAUUACUAUCUUAACGCAACACUACAUGUUUCAACACUGUACAAUGCCCUGUUUGGAUCAGACAAAUUAUCCUAAAAGGCAAAUAAAUAGCUGAUAAUCUGAAAGAAAAACGAUUUAUCACGCCCAAAGCUAGAAUAUUUGAAACCAAUUCUAACCCUUUAGUCUGGUUGAUGUUGUAAAAAAAUUAAGGCAUUUAAUAUAUAAAUUAGUGUUUUUAUAUUACUUAGAAAAGCCGAGUAUGCACACUAUUUACAGAAAGCUUUGAAGUUUUAGUUUCUUACUUUUGCUUCUAUCAUCCUCCAUGUUGAGUGUAUAGAGUGAUCCUUGCUAGUAGCCGUUACAAAUGUUGAAAGGUUUCUCAGACAGGUUGUCCACACUGUUAAAUCAUUGAUCAAUAAACAUUCACUGAAUUGGA